AUGCCUUCGCUUUGGUAUUUUGCCAUCUUUGAUAACCAUCUGGGAAGUGGGAAUGCCGAAGACUUGAGCUUCGUAUGCUCAUUGACAAACUCCACCAGAUUAGAGUUCUUCGGAAUUGAUCGUAACGGACUCGGCGGGGCAUUGCCCAAAUGCAUAGGUAAUUUCUCGAUCGCUCUCAAGUGGUUCGGUGUGAAUGAGAACCUUAUGUUUGGUGAGAUUCCUGGAGAGAUUGGAAGUCUAGUCAACCUGGACCAUUUAAAUAUGUAUUCCAACAAGUUUUCAGGCGAGGUUCCCUCAAAUUUCGGGAAUCUACAAAAUCUAGGGGCAUUGCGCUUAAUCGAUAACAACCUGGGGGGGACAAUCCCAACUUCUUUAGGGAAUCUAACCAAGUUGAUCAUACUAAGUCUUGGUUGGAACAACUUUCAUGGGGAAAUUCCUUCACAUCUGUCAAAGUGUCAAUCUCUGCGGUCGCUUGAUCUUUCUAAUAAUUAUCUCAGCGGUACCAUACCCCCACAGCUCAUAGGUCUCUCCUCGAUAACAAUCAUUUUGAACUUGUCUCGGAACUAUCCGAGUGGGGUUCUACCCAUGGAAGUAGGGAACUUGAAAACUCUGACCAAGUUAGACAUCUCGGACAAUAUGUUGGUAGGUGAAAUCCCAAAUAGUUUAGGGGAUUGUACUGGAUUGACCUCACCGAGGAUGGGGGGAAACUUUUUCCGUGGGUCCAUUCCUCAAUCGAUCAAAUCGUUAGGAGGUAUUGAAGAGCUAGAUCUUUCACGCAACAAUUUAACGGGUCAGAUUCCGGAAUUUUUAGCAUUAUUUCGGUCCCUGAAACUUUUGAAUUUGUCUUACAAUAGCUUUGAAGGCAUGCUACCGCUUGAAGGAGUCUUUAAGAAUGCUACUGCGACUUCUAUUAUUGGGAACGAUGAGCUUUGUGGGGGAUUGCCAGCAUUUCACCUCCCCAAGUGCACCUUCAAACGCUCCAAGAGAAGAAAAAUCCAUAUAUUGGUAUCGUCGGCUUGUGCUACUUUUGUCAUUCUUGGAAUAGCUCUUGUUCUGGUUUUUCUAUAUCUUCGUUGGUUGAAGAAGAAAGUAAAAGAACCGAUUUCAACUUCCAUGGACGACUCAUGUCCAAACAUAUCUUAUCGAGCACUCUUAAAAGCAACCGAUGAUUUUUCUUCAAUGAAUUUGAUCGGUGUUGGAAACUUUGGUUCUGUUUACAAGGGGAUACUUAAGGAAAAUGGUACGACCGUUGCGGUGAAGGUGCUUCAUUUAGUGCAUCGUGGUGCUCUAAAGAGCUUCUUGGCGGAGUGCGAGGCAUUAAGGAACGUGAGACAUCGAAAUCUUCUAAAGAUAUUGACGGUUUGCUCGGGUGUUGAUCAUCAGCAAAAUGAUUUUAAGGCCUUAGUUUAUGAGUACAUGGAAAAUGGAAGCCUCGAAAGGUGGCUACACCCAAACCCAACACCAUCUCACAGGAAUGAGCCUACCCGGACAUUGAAUUUCUUUCAAAGGAUAAACAUUGCCAUUGAUGUCGCCUCUGCCUUGGAUUAUCUUCAUCACCAGUGCCACAUCCCCAUCAUACAUUGUGAUCUAAAGCCGAGCAAUAUCCUCUUAGAUGCUGAGAUGGUCGCCCAUGUUGGUGACUUUGGAUUGGCAAAGUUCCUCCCUGGAUCAUCCUCUAAUACCGUGACUAAUCGGACGAGCUCGGUGGGCAUAAGAGGAACAAUCGGUUAUGCUCCACCGGGUAAUCUCUUUCAAAGCAAGAAAGUUUAUUUAGGUAAAAGAUGUUGA